UGGAGAGACUUCAUGCUGCAUUUCACAGGAAACGAAACUUAAAAGUUUGACGUGAAACCCGCCAAAACUUUUUUUUUUUCUUCCCCCAGCGUGACGCUUCUGCAGUGUUUCUCUGAGGAAUCAAAACCACAGCAGAUCAUUGUACGUGCCUCCUAGAUGAGUCAUGGCUUCCUCCAGCAGCGUCCUGUACGAAGAUCAGCUCCAGUGCUCCAUCUGUCUGGAUGUGUUCACUGAUCCAGUCUCUACUCCAUGUGGACACAACUUCUGUAAGAUGUGUCUGAAAAAGUGCUGGGACACCAGUCCAUACUGCCAGUGUCCAAUGUGUAAGGAGGAUUUCCCCAAAAGACCUGAGCUUCGUGUGAAUACGUUCAUCUCUGAACUGGCUGCUCAGUUUAAGAAGUCAGUUCAGGUGAAAUCCAGCAGCAUUGCAGAUCCACUUCUCUCCAAUAUUAAAAAGAUUCUGUGUGACUCCUGCACUGAGGAAAAGCUGGAAGCUCUAAAGUCCUGUCUGCACUGUGGGGUUUCUCUCUGUAGCACUCAUUUGCUGUUUCAUAAAACAACAGCAAAAUUCAAAAGGCACAAACUGAUUGACCCUGUGGAGAACCUGGAGGACUACAUCUGUCAGAAACAUGAGAGACCCCUGGAGCUGUUCUGUAGAGACGACCAGAUGUGUGUGUGUCAGUUCUGCACUGAGGGAGACCACAAAACUCACAACACUGUUCCUAUAGAAAAGGAGAGUGUUGUGAAGAAACGUCAGCUGGGGGAGACCCAGGCAGCAGUUCAGCAGAUGAUCAAGAACCGACUAAAGAAGAUCGAAGAAGUCAAAGAAUCUGUAAAACUCAAUAAGAUGAGCACAGAGAAGGAGAAAGCAGAAAGCAUGGAGGUAUUCAGAGCUCUGAUGCACUGCAUCGAGAGAAGCCAAGCUGAACUACUUAAGGUGAUGGAGGAGAAGCAGAAAGCAGCAGAGAGGCAGGCUGAAGAGUUCAUUAAAGAGCUGGAGAAGGAAAUCACUGAGCUAAAGAGGAGAAACACUGAGCUGAAGCAGCUCUCACACACUGAGGAUCAUCUCCACCUCCUACAGAUUUUCCCGUCACUGCGCAGCCCUCUACCAACCAAGGACUGGACCGACAUCACAAUUAACUCUCAUCUGAGUUUGGAGACUCUGAGGACUCAGCUUCAGGAGUCUCUCAAUGAAGAAAUGGAGAAGUUUCCUGAAAACAAGCUGAAGAACAUUGAACAGCAUGCAGUGGCAGUGACUUUGGAUCGUAAUACAGCAAAUUUUUACCUCAUGUUGUCUGAUGAUGGGAAACAAGUUACAUGUGGACACUGGCGACACAAACUGCCUGAUAACCCAGAGAGGUUUGAUUAUUGUGCCUGUGUGCUGGGAAAGGAAGGAUUCUCCUCAGGCAGAUUUUACUAUGAGGUGGAGGUCAGAGGGAAGACUGAGUGGGAUAUAGGUGUGGCCAGAAAGUCUGUUAACAGGAAAGGAAAAAUUACACUCACCCCUGAGAAUGGGUACUGGAGUGUGCUGCUGAGAAAUAAGACAGAAUAUAAGGCUGGUGAACGUCCCCUUGUUCCCCUCUCCCUGAAACAGGCUCCCCAGAAGGUGGGGGUGUUUGUGGAUUAUGAGAAGGGUCUGGUCUCAUUCUAUGAUGUUGAAGCCAAGUCUCACAUCUACUCUUUCACUGGUCAGUGUUUUACUGAGGAUCUCUAUCCAUACUUCAGCCCUGGCCCCAAUGAUAAAGGUAAAAACUCAGCACCACUGGUCAUUAUGCCUGCUAAACAUUUUAAGAGAUUAAAGACACCACCAAACAACUCAAACCACUACAGAACCUGGAGCACUACUCCUUGGAACUGUUCCGUAGAGACGACCAUAUCUGUGUGUGUCAGUUCUGCACACAGACUGACAAUUCCUUCAAAGCAAGAAAUUCAAGUAAAUAAGACUCACCUAGGGAAGAUACCAGAAGAGGUUAUGGUUGUCCGGGACAAGAAGAAGUACACUGGAAAAGUCAGAAACACUUCAGAACUUAAAAAAGACUGGACCAAUAAACAGACUGUGGAGAUGUUGAGGAGAGCUCUGUUUCAGCUUCUGGAAUCUCUCAACAAGGAAAUGGACAAGUUUGCUGACUUUGAUCUGAAGAGAAUUCAGCAAUAUGCAGUGGAUGUGACUCUGGAUCCUGAUACAGCGCAUCCUGAACUCAUCCUGUCUCAUGAUGGAAAACAAGUGAGACAUGGUGACUUGCAACCAAAUCUCUUUCAUAACCCAGAGAGGUUUGAUCCUUGUGUCUGUGUGUUGGGAAAGGAGGGAUUCUCCUCAGGGAGAUUUUACUAUGAGGUACAGGUCAGAGAGAAGACAAAGUGGGAUUUAGGAGUGGCCCAAGAGUCUGUUAACCGGAAAGGAGACAUAAUAACCAGCCCUAAGAAUGGAUACUGGACAGUGUGGCUGAGAAACAAGACUAAAUAUGAGGCUUGUGACUCUCCUCCUGUUCCAAUCUCCUUGAAACAGGCUCCUCAGAAGGUGGGGGUGUUUGUGGAUUAUGAGGAGGGUCUGAUCUCCUUCUAUGAUGUUGAUGCAAAGUCUCUUAUCUACUCUUUCACCGGUCAGACUUUCACUGAGAAACUUUAUCCAUUCUUCAGUCCUUCACGUAAUUAUGGUGGUAAAAACUCAGCACCACUGAUCAUCAUGCCUGUUAAACAAUCUACAUGAGAUCUGUUUUUCUCAACAUUGCAUCAAGCAAUAAACUCUGGCAUUGGAGAACUGUUAUUGAGACUCAGGACAUGCUGUUUCAUUCUCUGUGUUUAUUUUGUCAAAUUGUGAUGAAAAAUAAGAAUAAAAUUGUUAAUAAUUUAAUGCUUAUCUGUAGUCUCUCCUCUUUCAUACUUCAUAGCCUAUAGUGAGCAAUUUUUUAUGUCAGCCUAAAUUGAAACUAAAACCACUUUUGGACCCCACUGUAGCAACGUCUUACAUGUGUGAGGUGCAAAUUCUAUUCUGUUUGUACUUCCCCAUUUGUGUUU